AUGCAGUGUGCUGCCAUCUAUGUAUGUUUCGGCUUGGCAUAUAAGAUCCUUGCUCUCGCCUUCAUCUCUCCUUCUCAUCUCCAGUAUCCCUCACCCCCCGCCCUGCAAAAUGGAGUCUUCUGGCUCCUCAUCCACGUUGUCCUCGCCCCCCUCCUCCAUGGAGUUCAGUUCUGUGAGUGGCUCGCGAGGGGGAUCCUGGUGUCUGCGAGCCUGACUAACUCUUCUAGCCCUCGCCUGCGCCCACCUCUUCUCGCGCGGCGCGUGCUGCCGCCUGCAACUGCCGACAGUUACGCGGAAGAAAACCAGUCUCCAAAGAAACACUUCUUACCAAAACAACAAGUUUUCGGCACGACGACCCUGAAUUAUAACAACCUGGCUACUGCCAUAGCCUUGAAUGCGACGGGUCUGGCUCACUGGAACCGGCGCCGUUUUGAGCCUUUGGACAGGGUGAUCAUGGUCUUACCUUACCGAGCAAACUAA